AUGGACGAAGGUAAUAUUGAUCGAAAUCGUAUCGUUGACGAACAUCUUGUAUCUGAUGAAUAUUUUUGUCCAGUAUGCCAAUGUAUUUUAUGGAAACCACGUUCAUGUGCUAAAUGUCGACAUCUAUUUUGUGAAAUAUGUAUUAAUACAUGGUUGAAAAAUCCAAAUAGCGCUAAAAGAUGCCCAUUUCGAUGUGAUCCAUACGAAGAACAAUCUUGUCCAUCAGAUAUUUAUUCAUUUUUAUCAACUUUAAAUAUUCAUUGUCGAAAUUCUUCAUUUGGUUGUACAAAAAUUGUACCUUAUAAUUUAUUAGAACAACAUGAAAAUAUUGAAUGUGAAUAUUUAACUGAACGAUGUGUUGAAUGUGAACAAUUAGUACUUAUAUCAAAAUUAGACGAACAUCGUGAUAUACCGGGAUUAUGUGUUUCACGUCCAAUUAAAUGUACUGUUUGUCAAACUUAUAUUGAAAAACCAUUUUUCAAAGAUCAUUUUCAUGAAUGUUUUAAAAGAAAAAUGGAUGUAACACUUGAAGAAACAUUUCAAUAUGAUAAUAUUCAAACAACAGAAGAUAUUCAACAAAGAAUCAGUACACAAUGGUUGAAAACAUUUCUUAAUUGUAUAAAUAUUAUAAAUUUACUUGAACAACAACGACAAUUAUCACAAGUACCAACGAAUUUAAUUGGAAUUGACGCAGUUAGAAAAGCAAUAGAACAACGACGCGGAUUUUUUUAUCGUAUUUUUGUUAUGUUAAUAUUUAUUUUGGCUAAUGGUUCUAAAGCUCCAUUUUUUAUUUUAGCAUUUUCAUGUCUCCAAUUUCUUCAAUGUGUAGGUACACUUAUUAUUCUUUAUAGUGUCUUUAUGGUACGUUGUCGUGCUAAUUUAUAUCGAUGUUGUUAUAGUAUUAUGUUAUUUAGUUAUAUUCUAACAAAUGGAACUUUAUUAAUAUUUCGAUUUGUAUCUGAUUCAUUGAUUAUUUAUUUAUUUGCAUUAUUUUUAUUUCUAUAUGGUUGUUCUACUCCAUUACCAUUAGAAUUAUUUGAAAUGCAUCCUUUACUUUCUAAGACAAAAACAAAUAUUGUUCUAUAUUGUGCAGGUCUAUUAAUUAUAAAAAUAUCAUUAUUAUUGUGUCGAUUUUAUUAUUGGUGUAUACCAACAUAUUUAACAGCUGGUAUUAUUGCUUGGAUCAAUUUUGGAAUUGCUUUUAAUACGAAACCUUUUGUUCCAAAUACGUUGACUAUUUCAACAUCAUUUUAUUAUGAUCAAUUGGAACCAACUAUUACUGAUUAUUUUGUUUUUGAAGCAUUUACAGUAGCACGUGAUUAUCAUGAUAAAUUAAUACCGAAUAGAGAAGAUUGUCAAGAAUUGAUAAAACUUGAACAAAUUAUGAAAGAACGACCAGGAUUAGCUAAUGAUUUUAAUAAAGACUUAUUAUUUAAACGUUUUACAGAAAAAUUUUUUUCCAAAUUAAAUAUUUAA